AAAAAAAAAAAGAAGUUCCACACGUGUCAUUCCUUAUUACUAGUUCAAGCAUAUUCAAUCUCCAUUCCCCUCUCUCUCUCGUGACGAGAGAGAAAUAAAGAGAAAAUAAAUUCAUUUUUUUUUAAUUUACAAUUUUUUUUCUAAAAUAAUUAAUAUAUAUGUAAUUUCUAUAUUUAGAAUUAUCAAAUUAAUUAUUUAAUUUAAAUUAUAAAUGUGCAUGAUCGGAAUAGUGAUCGGAGAAAUCUGAUAAUCGGAAUUAUUGUUUGAUAUUCCGGCACAACAUGUCUGCUAUAGUGUGCGGAAAGAGAUCGAUUUUAUUUGACGAUUUUCAAUCUCAGUCGCCGUCGCCGUCGUUGCCGCCGGUGAAUAAGAGGAUUCGCCUUAGUUUUUCUCCGGCGACGUCUAAUUUUGAUAAUUCGAUUGCAUCGUUGAAGCUUGAUCAUUUACUCAUGGUUUUCUCUGAUAUGGAUAAGCAGUUGGUUGAGAAAGCACUUGAAGAGUGUGGCGAUGACCUAGAUUCUGCAAUCAAACACCUAAAUGAGCUCCGCUUGGGAUCUGGUGAUAAUCUGAGGCCUGUGGCAGGAACCUCUGGUGCUACACAUGACUCCACCAGCCAGUUUCUUACUCAAGGUGUGGCUACAAAUGACGGUGAGACGUCAUCUGUAGAGGAUUUAUCUGCUGCAAAAGUCGUGCAUUUGGAGGGUAAAGAAUGGGUGGAGCUUUUUGUUGGAGAGAUGAUGAAUGCGUCAAAUAUAGAUGAUGCUAAAGCCCGUGCUUCACGAACUCUUGAGAUGUUGGAGAAGUCCAUAUGUGCCCGUGCAACUGAGGAAGCCGCUGGUUUCCAGCAGGAGAAUAUGAUGCUCAAGCAGCAACUUGAAGCUCUCAUACAAGAAAAUGCUAUUUUAAAGCGAGCGGUUUCCAUCCAGCAUGAGCGUCAGAAGGAAUACGAGGAUAGAGGGAACGAGUUGAAUCAGCUGAAGCAGUCGUUGGCUCAGUAUCAGGAGCAGCUUCGAACCCUUGAGGUCAAUAACUACGCUCUCUCGAUGCACCUCAAGCAGGCUCAACAAAGCAACAACUCUAUUCCAGGGCGUUUCAACCCUGAUGUCUUCUAGUAUGUGUAUAAAUGUCCUUAUUGGCUGCGUAACGUAUAGGAUAGCAACAGUAUGCCCUAUUACCCAGUGUCUUUAAACUAGAACUUAUGUCUUUCGAUUAUAAGUGCCCUGCAGCAGUUAUUAGCCAAAGGGUACUUUGUACUGUUCAUACAAGUUUUUAUUUGCUUUUCUGUUGUUGUUUAAGUUGGAGUAUCGAAGUUCAUAUAGUUUGGUUCUUCUAAUGUUAAGAAAAUAUUCAACACAUGAUUGCGAUGCUUUAUUAUUUCGUUUGA